AUCUUCCAUGUCAUAUGAAAAUACUUUUUUCAAAGUCUGAAAGCGUUUCUUAAGAGCAGCCAGCAGCAUAUUGAGAUUUCCCUCCUCUCCGUUUCAACAACAAAGCAAAGUUCCACCCUCCCUCCCUCUCUCUCUCUCUUUUCUCUUCUCUUAAAAAAAAAAAAGUUUUGAGAAUUUCACUUUUCUAUUCACAGCAGCCCUGGCCAAAGUAAAGCCCUCUUUUACAUUGACGUCAAGAUCUUUACCAAGAUUAGGGUUUCAUUUCUGUAUUGCAGCAAUUAGCCAGGGAAUGUAUAAAAGGCUUCAGGGAAGCAGGCUAGGACUCCAGAGGGAAAGCACUUUGCACCACAGGCAGAUAGCGAGAGAGAGGAGGGAGACAGGGGCACAGGGAGAGAGGAACAGAAAGUUUGUGUACAGAGACCUUAAAAAAAAAAAAAAGUAGCGUUGCACCUGGUAACACUGGUGGCACAGAAAUUAGAGGUCUGCUUAGUGCUUAAAUAGCUGAGAAACAAUGGGACAGGAGAGGAAAGUGAACGAUCUCUGCUUAAAUUUUGUAACUGCAGGGAAGUAGAAGCACAGCUGUCUCUGUCUUUAACGGACUCAAAAGGGCUAUUGCAUAAGGGAAACAUUUUAGUCUCUGAAAAAGAAAAAGCAGCUCAGAAUUGAAUGAAUUUCACGCUGAGUUAUGGUUUUGACCAGCUUGAGUAUAUUUAAUCAUCUCUGCUGCCGUUGAGAGAAAGAGGCGGGAGGUGGAGGGGGCUGAUGAGUUUUUAAAAAAUGCCUUUGAUUUGAUUUUAUCUUAUUUUUUAAAUGAGCGUUCAGGGCAAAAAAGGGAACUGAAGGGAACCCGCUGGAGAGCAGCAGCAGGGAAGAUGGGUCUGUUAAGCGUGGAUUUGCUGAUCGCGCUUCAGAUCUUGCCGGUUUUUUUCUCCAAUUGCCUCUUUCUUGCACUCUACGACUCUGUGAUCCUCCUGAAGCACAUGGUGCUGCUCCUGAGUCGGUCUAAAGCGGCGCGUGGCGAGUGGCGAAGAAUGCUGACCUCGGAGGGGCUACGCUGCGUCUGGAAUAGCUUCCUUCUAGAUGCCUACAAACAGGUGAAAUUGGGAGGAGAAGCCCCAAACUCCAAUGUGAUCCACAUAGCUAAUGGCGGCAGCAGCAGUAGCAGAAGGAAAAGUGUUGGUGGGAAAUAUGGAACCAAGUGCCACCUUCUGGACUUUGUCAAUUCAGAGCGCCCGCUGGUGGUUAACUUUGGUUCAGCCACCUGACCCCCAUUCACGAGCCAGCUGUCGGCCUUCGGCAAGCUGGUGGAGGAGUUCUCAGGUGUGGCCGAUUUCCUGUUGGUCUACAUUGAUGAGGCUCACCCAUCGGAUGGCUGGGCUGCCCCUGGGAUCUCUUCCUCCUCAUUUGAGGUGAGGAAGCACAGGAACCAGGAAGACCGAUGUGCUGCCGCUCACCAGCUUCUGGAACGGUUUUCCUUGCCACCCCAGUGCCAAGUGGUAGCUGACUGCAUGGACAAUAAUGCCAAUGUGGCCUACGGGGUCUCCUUCGAGCGAGUGUGCAUUGUGCAGAGACAGAAAAUUGCCUACCUGGGGGGCAAGGGCCCCUUUUUCUACAACCUCCAGGAAGUUCGGCUUUGGCUGGAGCAAAACUUCAGCAAGAGAUGAAAUCCAGCCUAAGAUGAGCAAAGUGUGUCAAGAGCCUUGUCCCUUUAAAGUGAUAUAAAAGGGAAAAAACACACUGUUUUACAAUAGGUCUUUUGGGGCCUGUUGUAGGAGAACAGGUUCAAUAAUAAGGUCAAAUGAAUGCAAGCUAGAAAAAAAAACAAAAAACCCAGCACAUAAAAAGAGAAUUGUGUGAGACAAUCCUACUCCUGCCUUCUUAACAGGACAGAAAAGGCCACUGUGAAAUGUACAGCUGCUGAGCAUGAAAGGUGGUGGAAUGAGAUUUCUCUCCUACCCUUUUAACAACAUGUUGACUUUAGGUUGAGAAGAAAGCAUUGCUUCCUGGAAGGCGAUUCUGCAGAGAGGCAACCUCAUGUAUUUGAUCAGGGACCAUCUCAUUUUUCCACUGAGGCAUGUGUAGGCAGCUUGCCAGCAGCCUGAGACCUUCAAUUAAUUUGCAUAAAAUGGAGUGGAUUAUGGCUGCCUUCCUGUUUUGAUACAGAGGUAUGACCCAGCAGAGACUGCAAGAUCCACCAUGCAGUGCAAACUGGCUGCUCAGUACAAGAUGAAACAUUGUAUGUGGUUCUUGGUACUCUCUACAGGUAGCUUCUCUCCAUUGUGUGUGUGUAUGUGUGUGUGUGUACAGUACCUUAGGCCUCUGUAUGUUAACAAUUAAAUUGGCAGCAGGCCACACCAUAAAACUCCAUAGGCUGCAUUUGGCUCUCGGGCUGCACUUGGUCACCACUGUGAGAGAGAGAAAGAGAGAGAGAGUGAAGGAAAGAGGUGAUGGGGGGGAGGGAGAAGAAGGAUACAGAGGAAAGAGGCUGCAAGAUCCUAAGAUCAAAGGAGUGAGGGAGAAAGAAACAGAGAUUGUGUAGUAAAACUAUAACUUUUCCCUUUGAAAAUUCAGAAAGUGGGAUGGUUUGUCACAAACACACACACAUAUAUACACAUGCAUAGUUCAUGCCUAGGGCAAGAGAGAAGAGUUCAGCUGAUGCCAGCCUUCAAUAUGCGGAACUGAAAAAAUGUAUUUAUCAGUGCUUUUUUCUUUUUCUUUUUCUUAAACAGAAACUUCAGAGAGAGAGAGAGAGAAUUAGGGGUUAUUUUGUGUUUAUUUUAGUAAAAGUAAUUUAUUUCUUUUGACAUUGCAGGCAUAUUUUUGAGCAGGGGGGACUUAAAUACCAGUUUACCUCAUUGGAAUUGAAACCUGUCCAAUUGAUUACCUUGUUAAAGUGCUCAUGUUGAUUUUUGCUAUCCUAGAUGUCUGCUUUUAGUUUACAGACAUAUUAGUUCAUUGGAAAGUUAAACAGUCUUUAGCCUCAGCAGCUGCAAUUCUGUUGGGCAGGAUAGCAUUUUGUUCAUGUUUCAUUCUUCUUCUCAGAAGCUUUUCGGGAAAAAAAACCCAUCACACUGGUCUCACAGUCACCACCUUAUUUCUCUGAAGAGGUUAAGGAUGAAGUGAGUGAAUUAUCAAGAACAAUUGUAACAAAUGGCUGAGUUUCUCAAGAAUGGCUGAGGGGAAUAUUCCAAAGUAUAUUUAAAGAGACACUGUCAACUUAGUCUAGGCCUUAAAUAUGUUGAGGUUUUGUAAAAUAUUAAAGGAUUUUACAAAACCUAACACAAAUGGACAUGCUUCCAUUGUGCUAGUGCAUGAGAACUGGGAAGUGAAACUGACUAAUUACAAGAGUGAACCUGACCAACCUAGUUUCACAGUCCAAGCUGAGAGAAAUGCAAAACAAGCAAACAGCAUAAAGUGGGGAAAAUUAAAGAAGAAUAUUAAAUCUCUUACCCUGCUAAUCACCUGAGAUGUUAGUACAAACACAGGGAAGAACUGAAAAAAAAGAGAUUUCUAUUUUACAGUGUCCCUUUAAUCACACUUGGCAUAUUUCCUUUUGUUUUGGUGUGAAUCAAUUCAGCUAAUGCACAUGGCAUUUUUUUUUUAAAUCUGGCUCUUUGAAGCACAGACAUGACAUUUUGACAGCAGUGUGAGUGUGAUUUCUUAUGCAUCCAGGUUCAUGCCUCCCCCCUGAUAUAUACACAAACCCUGGUAAAGCAUCACAGAGAAACUGGCGGGGAAUGGACUUCAGAGAGCCAAGUUCAGCUGGGUGGACGGAAGAGCAUGGUACUCCUGUAUUUCAGGAUUUCAUAAUUGCUCUAAGUAAUUUGUGAUGGGGGGAAAGAGGGGGAAGAUGACAUACAUCAUUGUUCUUCUUUAGGGUGGCCCAAGGGUAUAUAGUAAGAGGUAAGAAGAAAAAAAUGAACAAUGGAAAAUGUAGGCUGAAUAUCCAUCUACUCCAAUGUCUCCCUUCUGGUAUAUAAGCCUGACUUUUCAGACCAUUCAAUGAAGUGGUCAUGACUUUCCAAUUAUUAUGGUAGAUUUCUACACAUUUUUAUGACUGUGUGGGAGAGCUACCUUAAACCUAUGAACACAGAAACAUAGGAAUUGCCUACUGGAUCAGAUAACUAGUUCAUCUAGUGCAGUAUCCUAUCUCCGAUAGCAUCCAGAUGCUUUAAAAGAAGGUGCAAGAAUCCCUAUGCUGGACAAUUCUGAAGUAAUCUGUCCACUGGAGUUACUUGUUCAUAACCACAGACAGUUAAUGAUUGGCUUGUGCCCUUAUAGGUUUUAUCCUUUCUAGUAAAAAAAAAAAAAAAAAAAAAAAAAAAAGAGGAGUCCUUGUGACAUCCAAAUAAAUGUGUUAGUCUCUAAGGUGCCACAAGGACUCCUCAUUCUUUUUGCUGAUACAGACUAACACGGCUAUCACUCUGAAACCUGUCAUCCUUUCUAGUGUGACUGCAGAUGUCCUCAUUAUCCAUAUAUAUGCCUGGUCCUUUUUGGGAAUUCUAUGAAGAAUUUGAGCUCAAUUAUGUCUUGUGGCAGUGAACCUGAUGAUCAAAAUACAUCCUGUGUUUUGGGUUUUUUUAAAUCCUUUUAUCAAAUAUGUUGCCUUUCAAUUUAAUUGAAUUUCCCCUUGGUCUUGUAUUAUGAGACAGAGUAAAUAGGGGCACCCAAUUUUCCUUCUGUGUGCCAUUUAUUAUUUUGUAUACUUUUGAUGCAAGUCUUAUUUGUGUCCU